UAUCAGAGGAGUCUGGAUGCAAUUUUUCCAUCGGAAGACCAUAAAUUCGCUUCGCUAUCUGGACAUCUUCCAGGAAGCUUCAUCAUCUUGAAGAGAAAAACCCCAAUAAGACCCGUAAAAUUUCACUGGAGCAGAGAAGGAGCUCUCAAGAGUUUUGGCGAUGCCCUGAUGAUUCACACAGUUUGCCGUCGAUCAAUAGCCCUCAAGCGGUUGUGAUGAACUGAAUGGUAUUUUUCCGUUUGUUAGAUAUGUUGAAGAAUCAAACAGUUCCUAAUGGUGCAGACGAUGAUAUCAAUUACAUCGAUUUUCUUGCUCAUGAACAUAUUUCAAGUCCGAAUUUGGGAGAACAGCCACUUUUCGAUGAGCAAAAUUAUGUUUCCGACCUCCCGAAUUCGACUUCACAUAGCCAUGAAGGGGACACGGAUGAAAACUCUGAGAUCUUCUCUCAUUUGGUCCUGGACUUCAUCAACCAGAUGCUCAUGGAGGAGGACAUGGAUGACAAGUUGGAUUUGCUUGAGAGUCAUCCAGCCCUCGAGGCCACCGAGAGGCCCUUUUACGACAUCAUCGGGGAAAAGUACCCUCCAGAUCGGUCACUUCUCUACUCGAGUCCCAGCUCGGGGAGCUCAGGUGGCCAGCAUUACAAUAGCAACUGCAUUGCUGGCGCCAACGAUUUCACAGACAAUGAUCCCUCCUACGCUGAAUUUUCAGAGUUUCUUCACUCCCAUUUAAGUUUUACCCAAUCCUCAGUCAACUCAAUAUACGAUGACGCUGGUCUUCAGUUUGGAUUGGAUGAUCUCUCAAACCUGUUCUUCGAAGAAAACCCAGCUUCCCACUUUGAAAAAGGACCAAAGGAAGCAGACAAGUUCUUUCCCAGCAAAGAUAAGCUUUUUGUGAAGGUUAGCGCAGAGGAUUCUGCCUGCACUAAGGUAAAUGCCAAGGAUGGAACAGGUCGGCGGCUUAAAAGCCGACACCACGAUGAUGGUUUUGAUAUGAAAGAGCAAAGGAGCGCCAAACAAUCUGCAGUAUCAUUCGAAGAACCACCCGUCUCCCCUGAGAUGUUGGACAGGGUUCUCCUAAGCACCGCUGAGAAUUUUCCAAAAGUUGUAAGAUCUAUUAGAGAAGCAAUAAAGAACGAAGCGGCAAGCAAGAACUCCUCAGAAAUCGCCGAGCCUAGAAAGUAUGGAGAAAGCCAAAAUUUCAGAAAGAAGAAACAACCCAACAAGGAGGUGGUGGAUUUUCAAGUCCUUCUCAUGGACUGUGCACAGACGGUGGCUUCCGGCGACCAUAAAACAGCUCACGAAUUACUUAAACAAAUACGGCAUCAUUCUUCUCCUCAUGGGGACGCUUCUCAGCGCGUAGCUCACUACUUUUGCAAUGGACUCGAAGCUCGCUUGGCCGGAACUGGAAGUGAACUCUACCAAUCCAUGGCUUCAGUGCGGAGGACAUUAGCUGAUGUGCUGAAAGGUUACCAGCUUUAUCUCUCAGCAUGCCCCUUCAAGCAGGUCUCCUACAACUUCUCAAACCAGACAAUUUUGGACGCAAUCAAAAGCUCAACCAGAGUCCACAUCCUGGACAUCGGAACAUUCCUUGGCUUCCAAUGGCCGGCCUUCUUGAAGAUGUUAUCCUCCCGCAAUGGGGGGCCGCCGAAGCUCCGCAUCACCGCCGUUGACAAGCCCAUGCCAGGAUUUCGUCCAGCAGAAUUGAUAGAGGAGACUGGCCGCCGGAUUGCCUGUUAUGCUGAGAGAUUUGGCGUCCCUUUUGAAUACCAAGCGGUGGCGUCAAAGCUCGAUGAGUUGAAGGUUGAGGACCUACACCUCGACGAGGAAGAAAUUCUUGUGGUCAACUGUCUGUUCCAGCUACAUUCUCUGGGCGACGAGACCAUGGGUGUGGAUUGCUCAAGAGAUAAGUUCCUAAGGACCAUAAGAAAGUUCAAUCCAGCUUUGUUUAUAAGCGCUACUGGGAAUGGGAGCUAUGGAGCACCAUUCUUUUUGACGAGGUUUCGUGAAGCUCUAUACCAUUUCUCAGCCAUAUUUGAUAUGAUAGAGAUGACGGCGCCGAGGGAGAACGAACAGAGGUUGCUCGUGGAGAGGGAUCUCUACGCAAGAGACGCGAUCAAUGUUAUUGCUUGCGAAGGGAUGGAGAGGACUGAGUUGCCGGAGACAUACAAGCAGUAUCAAAUGAGAUUUUUGAGAGCUGGUUUCCAGCAACUGCCUAUCAACAAGAAGCAUGCGAACAAGGUGAAGGACGGGGUAAAAACUUAUUACCAUAAGGAUUUCAGUAUUGAUGUUGAUGACCAAUGGCUGCUUCAGGGUUGGAGAGGGCGUAUCUUCAUUGCUCUAUCUACUUGGAAGCCAAGGUAGGGGAAUUUCGCUAAAUUGGGGCAUUUACAUACAAUCAACCUAAAUCCUAUGUAUUUACCUAUCUGACACC